UAAUAUCAUCGGAAGGGACGAAAACCUCCGCACCUCAAUCGAGGACGCAGAUGAAUGGCUGCCAAGGGCGGGCUUCGUCCCGACUAAACUCGCCUCGUGAUCCUCGGAGCCAACUCUAUAUGUGCAAGACCCGAAAGGACGUUGACGCCGCCAGUCCCCGACCCAAGCCCACAUCCUCGCCCUCGGCUUCCGCCGCCUCCGACGCAGUCCGCCCCUCCUACUACUUCGCCCCCGUUGCCAGCUCCGCCAGUACAGGCGGCGACCGCCACGCCCGCCGCCUCCUCUAUGACUCCGACUUCGACUCCUCCGCCGCCUCCGUCGCUGCCAACCUCCGGCUCUCCCUCUCCCAGGAAAGCCACCCCUUCCACUACUCCUUCAUCGAGAUCCUCUCCGCCACCGAUCGCUUCCUCUCGCCGCCGCUGUCCCCCUCUGCCGAUUCAUGGCGCUGCCGCCUACGCGGCGGCGAUGCCGUUGUGUUCCGCCGCCCCUUCCUCGGCAACACCGCCGUGUUGCCCUCCCGCAUCGCCGCCCUUUGCCGGAGCCAUCAUGGCAGCGUCGUGGAGCUCCUCGGCGCUUCCCUCGCAGAUGACUAUAUCUACAUCGUCUAUAGCUACGUCGCCGGCGCCAGCCUCUUCCGGUGCCUCAGGAACCCCCAAAACCCCAGCUUCACCCCGCUCGCUUCCUGGUUCUCCCGCGUUCAGGUCGCCGCCGACGUCGCUCAGGGCCUCGAGUACAUCCACCACCACUCCGAGACGGUCCACAACUGGGUGAAGAGCUCCGGCAUCAUCAUCACUGAGCCUGGCCUGCGCGCCAAGAUUUGCCACUUCGGCGCCGCAGAGCUGGCCGGCGAGGUUCCUGCCAACGAUGACGACAUUGAUGGGAAGGUAUUGGACGACUCGGCCGCGGCGGCGGCGGAGCUGGCGAGGUCGAGGAGCCGAGGGAAGAAGAUCGAAUGGACGAGGGGAUACAUGGCGCCGGAAGUGCUCGCCGGCGGUGUGGUGUCGCGUCGGUCCGACGUGUUCGCGUUUGGGGUGGUGCUCCUGGAGCUUCUCUCAGGGGAGGAGCCGGUGAGGUACCGGUUCUGCCAAGAGAAAGACGCCAUCGAGAAGGUGUCGGUGAUCGAGACGGCGAGGGCGGCGAUGGGGCCGGAAGGAGAGGACGAGGCGGAGGAGGAGGAGGAGGAGGAGGGGAGGAGGGGAAGGAUAAGGAGGUGGGUGGACAGGAGGUUGGGCGACUCGUUUCCGGUGGAUGGUGCGGAGGAGGGGAUGCGGGUGGCGCUGAGGUGCGUGGCGGAGGAGGCGGCGGAGAGGCCGCAGAUGGUGUGGGUGGCGGGGAAGCUGUCGAAGCUGCUAAUCCAGGCCAAGGCGUGGGACGACCGGCUGAAGACAACUCCCACCCGCUACCUGACAUCCGUUGGCCCCAGAUGAACGAGUGGGCGAGUCAACUCGGCCGGUUCGCUGGUCUUUAACUGGCUGACUCGCUGUGACUCGCUGGGUUAUGCUUCAAACCCCUCGCAGGGACUACGAAACAGAAACAAAUGGGGCUAUCUUGACAUGCUGCAAUUUGCUCUUGUUUCCUUUUUCCUUCAUUUUCACGGCUUACACAUCGAAGAAGAUGAGCACUGGCUGGAUAAUGAUUGAUUGUUUGUUUUUAUACAAUUCAGCAAACAAAAUUGUCAUCUGCAGAAACACAAAGCUCUCUUCUAUUCUCAUAUGCUUCCUGCAUUGUAUCACUUUCCACAAUUGAGAUAGCAACGGUCUCUCCUGACUUCCUUGAA